CAGCAAGGGUUGCUUUUGUUUACGGUAUGCGAACGUCAUCCGAAUUGGCUUGCAUCAGGCUUGUUUUCUCUCUAAAAGUUCGGAGCGCUUACAUUUUUCAGUUAAAAUAAUUUGGAAGCUUCAUACAUCAAGACUGAUUUGACUGCAGUGCUCAGCAUUUUAUUUUGGCUAUUUCGGUGGCUUGUUUCAGAAGUACUGGAAACUAUUGAUGAAACUUAACAAUACUCAACUAAUCAUCAUCAACACAAAGACUGUGACCACUAAUGCAAAGUUCAACAACUCAAGAAGUGCAGAUAUUCAUAGAUUUGAGUCAAGGAAUCGAGACGUCAUGGGUCGCAGCAAAGGAGGCGAACUUGACAAUUUCGUCACGGGAAUGGACGACAUCACACUCUUUGUUAUGAAAAUUAUAUUUGUUGUCUUUGUCAUCACCGUCACACACAAUAUCUACACUUGGUGUACCAAGGGGAAGAAGUCCAAUAGAACCGCACCCUCUUCGUCAAGGGGUGCAUCAAGUGCCACGCCCAAACAUUCUUCAAGUACAUCCUCGUCGCAGCAAGCCUCGGGACCCCCAAACAGAGAUCCACCAACGUAUGAAAGCAUUUACCCGGAUCUUAGCAAGGAACUGAAUGCAGCAAAGAAUGGAAGCGGAGGAGGAUUGUUUUCAUGGUUGUUUGGAGCCGGAGGCGAUGGGGCAAGGGACUUGGUCUUCAGGCGGAUUGCAGAUCAGUUCUAUUCCGUGGAUGAAGUCAGUAAUGCAAUCCGACAGUCUGGCCUAGAAUCAAGUAAUUUGUUAUUUGGUAUUGAUUUCACCAAGAGUAACCUUCAUACUGGGAUGCAGACCUACGGUGGGCGGAGUCUACACAGUAUUCAACCAGGAGAGCUGAACCCUUAUCAACAGGUAAUAUCCAUUAUGGGUCGCACCUUAGCUCCGUUUGAUGAUGAUGGUCUCAUUCCUGUUUUUGGUUUUGGAGAUUUAUCAACCCAAGAUAAGAGUGUAUUUCCAUUUAGGCAAGAUGGUAUCUGUCAUGGGUUCCAAGACGUGCUAGAUUGUUACACUCGGAUCGCGGCCAACAUCCAGAUGAGUGGACCAACCAACUUUGCACCCGUCAUCAGACAGGCUAUUAACAUCGUCAAGAAAACACAAGCUCAGUACCACAUUCUCAUAAUCGUAGCAGACGGCCAGGUGAACAGCGAGAGACAGACGAGAGAAGCUAUCGUGGAAGCCUCCAACUACCCUCUCUCUAUCAUCAUGGUCGGCGUUGGUGACGGACCGUGGGACAUGAUGAAGGAAUUCGACGACAGGCUGCCGAGGAGGAAGUUUGAUAACUUCCAGUUUGUGGAUUUCUUCCGGGUCAUAGCCGGACGCGAGAACCCGGAGGCGGCGUUUGCGUUAAAUGCUCUCAUGGAAAUUCCCGACCAGUACAAGCUCAUUAGGAAACUAGGGUUACUGGACUUUUAGAAGAAUUGAACGGCUGAGCUGGUGUGUAUUGCAAAGACUGUCAGACAUUUGUCUCUACGGUGAGUUAUUAGGGUUUAUACCAUGUGACAUGUACUGCAAAUUACCUAGUAAAGAAUCUAGUUUGUAUGAGCAAUAGAUGGUAUGUAGUGUUGUGCAUGUUCCAACCUUUGCCUUAUGUGUUGGAUGAAUCCCCAGGGAGUGGUGAAAGUGCAUACACUGUGUACAGGAAUGCCAGGAUUCGAUGGCCAGUUUGUAUUAUGACCAAUAGAUGGUAUGUGGUACUCUGUAUGUUUGACAUCACAUCAUGUGGUUAUUUUUCAUCAUGAACUCUUGUUAGAAUGCUCCCCAGGGAGUGGAUAAAGCUAUGCAUUGUAGGCAGGCAAGUCAGCAUCGAAUGACCCGAGUAGUAGAGUGCUUAGAGAUUACUUUUUAUGUAUUGUUUGCUAAAUUAUAAAACUAGGAUAUUUUUCUUUAUUUUAGCCUGAUAAUGCUCGAAGCAGGCCAGGCAAUAUCUGUGCCUGGUCAUUUAAAUUGGCUGAAUCCUGGAGAUACAGCUAUAACAGGUCUUUCAACUGCAGUUCACAAUGUCUGGGUUCAGCAAAAUCAUAAUCUAGAUGAAAGCUCGGGACUGUGGUAUAAUGGCAGUAGGAUUAACAUUUGAAAUAAUUCCAUAUUGGUUGUGGAUAGUGAUUAGUUGAACUCUGUAUUCAGAUUUAAAUCCUGAAAAUAUAUCUUAAAAUCUGAAACAAUUUAGAUUCAAAUAUUUGGGAUUUAAAUCAAUCCUUAAAUUGGUGAACGGAAGGCUUCCUUAAAUUUAAUGGCUAAAUCAUCCAUAUUUAAAGUUAUUCAUAUUUAUUCAAAAGUGUAAAAAAAAAAUCUUUUAUUUGUUAACUGAUUCGCAUCUGGGGCCUGUUUCAUAAAGACUUAUAGUAACUACCAUUGAAUACUUGAUUUUGAUUGGCUGUUGGGCCAUGUUACUAUGGUAAUUAUCGUAAGCAUAAGUCCUGUAUAAAAGAGACUCCAGGUAUCUUGAUAAAUACUUACAACUCAGACAUACAAUGUGUACACGUUAUUUUUUUUCUUCAUUAUUUUCUCUCAAACAUUACCCAUUGUAUUUUAUUCAAGGUCGAAUUAAUAUCAUUUCUUUAUUAGAUAUUAAUGAAUAAAAAAUACAUUAUUUCAAGGAGCUAAACUUUUGGGAUGUGUAGGGCCCCAUUUCAUAAAAGAAAAUUGCUGUUAUAGCAACCCUUGCUGGAAUAUCAACUUUCAUUGGAAAAGCCAAUUAGGAAGCAGAAUUUUCACUGUUGUCAUGGUAGUUGACAUUCCAGCAAGGGUUACUAUCAUAAUUCAACGAGUUUCAUGUUUUUGGCUCAAUGUUGCAAUGUCAAGAGUGUACAUAAUGCACCUAGAUGAGGGUGUUAAGAUUAAGUACCAUAAAGUUUUAUGCAUUAUAUAAUUUAAGGCAAGAAGUUCGGCACAUUUUGAUGAAAAAGAUGUGGAAGAAAUGAACUUGUCCAUUAUUCAAAGCCUUUCCUGUAUUUAAACGUCCAGCUAAGCUAAACUGUUCAACAAAUUGUAGAUACAAUGUCUUGCUU